AUUAUUUAUCCACAUAAACAUUGAUACAAGAGCCGGCCGGAUAUCCAAUUGACCAUUACUUACUCAGUCUUACUGAAAACUACAAUUUGCUGAAAUGAACUCCACACAAAGCCCAGUUUAUCACACCUCCGUUGAGCAAAAAAGGCAUGCUCAGGAUGUUGCCAGAAGACAACGAAUGGGCAAGCAAAUGCCAAAACUCCGUGAAGUGCUGCGAGAGAAGUACCGCAAGCGCAUUAUAGAAACCCGCAACAAAAGCUCGGACGCCAAUCGCGAAAUACAACUGUCGGAACUCAGAGACAUUCUUCGCCUGGAGCUCAGUGAAUUGGAACAGGAUGUAGAGCUGGAGCAACUUAUCCUAGACGAACUACUCUCUGACGUAAAUGAGUGGUAUGCCCUGGAUGAAAAGAACCUGGAAACCCUAUAUGUAGAACCAAAUGAGAAGAUAAAGGAUGUUUUGUGCCCAGUUUGUCAGAUAAAGAGUCUCCGAUACAACAAAGGUGGUUUCGUUUGCGAGUGUGGCAUCCAGUUUGAGCACUCUGCAAAUAUGGAACAGCUGCAGAUACUUCUACUACAACAAAUUUCCAGUCAUGAGCUCCAAUGCACUCAGGCCCUGCUUUUUAUCGAACCAUCGUCGGGGCACCUAUAUAACAUGUGCGGUAGCUGCGACUACUUCUCCUCCGUCUAGUUUAUCUUUGGACAUAGUUUUAGUCACUGGUUGCCUCUAGUAUACGAUCGUUUAUGUUUAUUGAUUUUGUUAGUUAAUUAAGAGCACAUAGUCAUUUUUGUUAUUCUGAUAGAAAUUCAAAAUUUGUACAGCCUUAGUGUCUAAUAUAUAUUCUUUUUCAAUUAAAUCUCAAGCUACAAUAUUGAGAAAGGAUUAAGGCUGUUAGAACAGUGAUAUAUUUUUAUUUUUUAAUAGGAAUUUAAUAAUAAGCUAAAAUUAUCAAAAUUAUUUUAUUGAGACAUUCUUAAUUUUCGUUGUUCAUAUAGACUAGCUUUUUAGCAGUUUAUUCUAAUUCAUUUUCUGGUUAUUACAGUCCGUUCAAAUUCAAAAAUGUUUAAGUUUUUUUUUCAUUUAAAGGGAAUUAAUAUUAAUAAUCUUAAAUUCUA